UGGGUGUUUUAAGUGAAAUAAAUAUUUUUCCAUCGCCCGAUGCAAUCCACGAAGCGGGAAGUGAUAUAUUUGGCUUUGUUAAAUAUUCAAUUGAUGAGGAAACUGUAUUUAAUGAAAUAGAUAUCUCACUAACUGGACGUGGCACGUUAAUUGUAAUAGAAAGUGUAAAAUCAGGCGAUAGACAAACUGAGCACAUAUUUAGAUAUACGGAAGACUAUAUCAAAUUGAACAAUACAAUUGUUAAUAAUGACAACGUUACACCAGUUGGCGUUUAUGAGAUUCCAAUUCAUUUUAAACUAGCAACUAAUAUUCCGUCUUCAUUGAAAUAUAACACGACUAUUGGUAAUUAUAGAAUUAAUUGCACUAUUGCCUAUGAAGUAACUGUUACAUUUAAAAGAAGUGGAUUUAAAUUCGACAAGACUCUUAGUAAACCUAUUCAAGUUAUAUCAGGCAUUGUUCCUAGGCUACCUAGAAAACCAGUAACUUAUGGUCAUCAAAAGAAAAUACUCAUAUUACAAUUCUUCUGUAGAUGGACUGGACUAGUGAACAUAAAAGCUGAUAUAGAGACAUCUGUUAUUGAACCAAGUGGAAAAAUAAAAUUGUCUUACAUUAUAUUUAAUGACACAAACAUAACUAUAAAGACUGUUCAGAUAAAACUUGUAGAAUUAUACACAUUUUCUGAUAAAAUAUCUAGUAAAUUAUUAAAAUAUAAUGAUGUGAAAGAUACUGAAUCAAAGACUAGAACAAUUAAAAGUGGUGAUACUCAGUGUAUGGAAAUAGACAUCGAUUUGCCUCCAGAGAAGACUACAAUUGAAUUUUCUAAAUUGGUAUCGAGAAAUUAUUUCGUUCAUAUUAUAGUAGUACUUCCUAUUCCAUAUAGAAAUUUGGUGCUUAAAAUACCAGUGCAAAUUGGAAAUGAAAUUGUAAAUAAUAAUGGAAAUGAGAAUCCACCAGCAUAUCACGAAGCAAUAGAAAUAUAUUAGAUACCCAGUCUUAUCAUUUAUAUAAUUAACUCAAACACUCUAAAUGUCAAAGUUAUUAAUUAUGUAAUUAACAUGUGAACUUAGUUCAUGUAGAUCUCAUAAAUAUAAGAAUAGUCCUUACUAAUAUUAUGAAUGUGAAAGUGUGGAAGUUUGUUUUUUUUUUAUUUGUUGGUUUAUUACCUCUAGGCAACUUAACAAUGCAACCAAUCGUCAUGAAAUUUAAUAAAGAAAUGCUGUUUGGGAUGAAGAAGACUAUAUAUACUUUAUCCUAUAUAUCUCGGAUCCAUGAAUUGUUCAUAAUAGGUAUUGGCAUGAUGCCAAAAAAUUAUUAUAUACCCAUGUUAAUAAAAUAAGAAUCAUAUUUUUUUAGACUUUCAAUGUUAGUCUGUCUAAGGUCAGAUUUUUUUCAGUAGUAUUAAUAUCUAGUUAUAAAUUACUCGUAUUAAUAAAGUUUUUCAUAAUAUUUCGAGAAAGUAUUAUAAAUUUUCGAUCAUCAACUUCGACACCUUUUUAUUCGAUGAAAUAUUUGGAGAUUUAUAAUCUUGUUUCCUUAUACUACUUUAUUGUCUAGGUUACUGUUGUUUAUGUUUUCAAAAAGUUUCACGUAUUGACCUUCUUAAAAAUUUUACGAAAGAUAAACACUGGAUUAAUCCAGAAAAUAUGAUUCUAACACAUUCCAGAAUUACAGAUCAUUGAUAUAGAUAUCUAGAUGGAUAAAAUUAUAUGAUAAAGUGUUAAUUCCUUUCAUAAAAAUAUUAGAAUAGGCAUAAUCAAAAUUUAUUCAAAUUUUCUCAAUAUAUGGAUAAAGACGUAAAAACAACUGAUUUAAAUUAUAAAAAUAUUUGUAUCGGUCUUUGUAUCGUAAAAUAUAAAAUAUUUCCAGAUAGUGUCGUGUUUAUUAGUUUUAUCAUAAAUACCAGUACUUAACAAGUAAUAGUAGAUAACUCAUGUGUUUUUCAUUCUUACUAAUAGUAUUAUUUUCGUGUUGAACGUUAGUUGAAAUGAGAAUUUUUUGCGAAAUAGAUGUAUAUAAACUUGACAACGAAGAAUUUAAACCAGGAGAGGAAGUGUUUGGAUUAAUUAGAUAUGCAAUUAAUGAGAAGAUCGUGUUCCAUAAAAUAACAGUCUCUUUAAAAGGGCAUGGACGUUUACGUAUAAUAACUAAGGAUAGAAAAAACAAUCGUGAAUAUACUAAUAGGGAAGAUUUCAGACUUCCAGAAAACAUACCACCUUCAUUUGUACAUUGCGGUAAUAAAGGUGGUUAUUUGAUAAAAUGCAAGAUUUUUUACUACAUUCGAAUCAAAUUUAGUAGGUGUGGUGUAUUAUCGGUGCCGAAGAGAUUCAAGAAAGAGAUUAUAGUGGGAGGGGCAUUUACACCAACAUUAACAAGGAGUCCAAUAAUUUAUGGUAAACAGAAGAAAAUAGUGAAAUUGUUCUCUGGAAAUAAUACAAUAAAUAUAAAAGCUGAUAUUGAAAAUUCUGUGAUUAAAGUUGGUGAAAUAGUUACAUUUGGUUACGAAAUACUAAAUAAUAAACACGUUAAAUUGAAAGGUGUUAAAGUGAAAUUAAUGGAAGUAUAUUCGUUUAAAGCGAAAGGAUUACAUAGCGUUAAAAAGUUCAGUAACAUUGAAGGAUUCUUAUCAAGAACCGCAGCAAUAACAGGCGGUGGUAAUCAGAAGUUGGAUUUUGCGAUUAUUCUGCCAUUCGAUAAGAAGACAAUACAAUAUUCUAAAAUAGUGUCUAGAAAUUAUUUUCUCAGAAUAAAGGUAUUAUUCCCGAUAUUUCGACAGAAUUUAACACUCGAUAUACCAAUUGAGGUUGGUAAUGAAAUUGGGGCGGAAUAUAUGAGUUUGCCACCACCACCGUCAUAUUGGGAGGUGAUGGGUGAGUGUGAAAAGAGUAAACUGUUUGGUGAUGAUGAUAAAUUUAUAACGGAUGAGGAAAUAUAAAUAAUUUUAAUUAUUAAACAAUUAGCUUGUGCACGUGACUUUGUUCACGUGAAUGAGAUAAAAAUAGUGUUUAUCCUUCUCCAUCCCAAAUACUAAAUUUCAUGAUAGUUAGUCAAAAUAUUACGACGCUAAGAGAUAAUAAAGAAACUUGAUUGAUUUCUAGUAAAAAUUUUAUAAAUUGUUUUUGUCAGAUAUCACUAUUGAUAAAUCAAGGUAUUUAUCUACGACUCCAUUUAACUUGUGUAAACCAGUUAUGUAAAUUCAGAGUGAAAAAAAAUAUUUUCAAUAUUGUAAUGUAACAUAGAUAAAUAUUUAUUUUAGGUGUAUGAAAUAUGUGAUAUAUAAAAAUAUGUAUAUGUGUAUUGAAUAAAAUUACUUGACUUUCUA